AUGCUGCUCUGCAGGACAUCUCAAACUCAUGCUGCAGAGAGAGAUCCUCAGGAGGCGGGGAGCCCGGCCGGCUUCGUGCCCUGCGUGACCAGCAUCCACUCCUUCACCUCCGCCUUCCUCUUCUCCAUCGAGGUGCAGGUGACGAUUGGCUUCGGGGGCCGCAUGGUGACAGAGGAGUGCCCAGCCGCCAUCCUGGUGCUGAUCGUGCAGAACAUCGUGGGGCUGGUGAUCAACGCCAUCAUGCUGGGCUGCAUCUUCAUGAAGACCUCGCAGGCCCAUCGCCGCGCCGAGACCCUCAUCUUCAGCAAGCACGCGGUGAUCGCGCUGCGGGAGGGCAAGCUCUGCUUCAUGCUGCGCGUGGGCGACCUCCGCAAGAGCAUGAUCAUCAGCGCCACGAUCCGCAUGCAGGUGGUGAAGAAGACGGCCAGCCUGGAAGGGGAGGUGGUGCCCCUCAACCAGAUCGACAUUCAGAUGGAGAACCCCGUGGGGGGCAACAGCAUCUUCCUCGUUUCCCCGCUCAUCAUCUACCACGUGAUAGACAAGAACAGCCCCCUCUACGACAUCUCGCCCCUGAACCUUCACCACCAUGAAGACCUGGAGAUCAUAGUCAUCUUGGAAGGGGUGGUGGAGACCACUGGCAUUACCACUCAGGCCAGAACCUCCUACCUGGCAGAUGAAAUCCUCUGGGGCCAAAGGUUUGUGCCCAUCGUGGCAGAGGAAGAUGGGCGAUACUCUGUGGACUACUCUAAGUUUGGCAACACAGUGAAAGUGCCCACCCCUUCAUGCACUGCUAGGCAGCUGGAGGAGGACAAGAGCAUUAUGGACACCAUGCCGUUGUCCCCUAAAGGCACAAUAAGGAAGAGGUCUGUCAAGCUAAAGCCCAAGUUUACCAUAAGUGAAGAGCCUUCCUGAUGCCUUUUGACUGGGAAACUCUGUUAGGGCUUUGUGUCUGAAAGAUCUCAUAGAUUCAAAACACUGAGGUGGCCUCUUACUUUUUUUUAAAUUCAGGUUGGUAGCACAAGGUAUGUUCUGGUGUUAUUUAUUGUGGGAUAAAUCUAAAGCUAAUUAUAUUUUUUUAAAGGUGUGUGAGAUUUCAAGCAGCACUGGGAGUAGAAGAAUCCUGUUCUGCAGCUUUAAAUUUCAACUCAGACUAUUUAGUUGCACGAUCACUUUGCAUUGAUUAAUCUGCAGGUAGUGACAUUUUCUCAAAAAAUAGAUGUAUAUUUCUCUUCAGAGACUGCAGUACUUAGGGUCUUGCAGUGUCCUAGGAUCAGUAGUUUUUAAGAGUUUUUUACCCUAACUUGGACAAUCAAUAUAGCAAAAUAUUAAUAAUUUUUAAAGUAGGCCAGAUUUAAAUUAUAGCAAAAAGGUCAGGCAGUGUUAUGUAUGACACAAGACCAGAACUGGAAGUGUUGAUGUAUUAUACUCCAUGUCUCAAAGAAAUUAACUGACAGAGUUGCUUCAUCCAUAUUUUAUUGUAUGGAGCCAGUCCUACCACAUGCAGGAUGAAACGUAUUUGAAUAUUUACUUUUGUUCAUUUAAAAACCCUUUACACUUCCAAAAUAAAACACUCAGGAAUA